GGUCGCUCCAUUUUGGAUCGGACGUCAACGCUAGCUAGCAGUUGUUAGGGUUCUUUUUUUGUUUUGUUUAGGCUUCAUUAAAUCACUUUGUGGCAAAGUGUGGAUAAUACAGAGUCGUCGUCGCCGCAAAUUAAAUCAGUCUUCGUCAAGGAAAUGGACGGAGAAGAGGACGAGUUCAUGUCUGGAAGCCACUCCGAUGAUGGAGGAGGCACUCCAGUUCAAGAUGAACAUCCAGCAUCAGACGGCGAAGAUGUGAGCAGCAACAGACAUCAGUCUGAGGACGAGGGCAGCAAUGACGAGGACGCGUCCUACAACAAGCGACAGGAUGACAGCGGCUCAGACAAUGAGGCUCGGCCAGCUGUUGACAGCGACUCUGAGGCGGAAGCCCCCGGUCCCCACAACAACGAGGGCAGCGACUCUGAAGCUGAGGCGCCGAGGCUGGCCGACAGCGACGACGAUGACUCUGUGGGAAAACGCAGGAUGAGCGUGUCCGACGAUGAGGCGUCGUCGCCGGUUAAACGCACCGCCUCAGACAACGAGGAGGGCGAGGCAUCAUCUCCGCCCAAGCGCAGGGGGAGCAGCUCGGACAUGGAGGAAGCGGGGGACGCUGCCAAAGCGGCCGCAGACAGUGAUUCCGGCAACGAGGACACCGCAGCAAAGUCUCCUCGCCGCCACUCCGACGCUGACAGUGACUCUGAUGCAGAGACACGCGCCAGACACAAGGCGGCUCCAGUUGACUCUGACGACGAGGCCGAGACGCGGCAGGGGGACGCUGAGGGCAUAGGAGGAGGCGGAAAGUGGAAGGCUGUGAUGCAGUCAGACAGCGAGGAGGAAGAGGAGGGUGAGAGGAGGAAGGUCGCCACAGGAAGUGAUGGAGAAACGCAGGAGACGCACAAAACCUCAGACAACAGCGAUGACGACGAUCAGCCAGUGAAGAGGAAGAAGGCCAUCCUAUCAGACAGUGAGGAUGAGGAACAGGCAGACAAACCAGCCAAGAGGAGUCGGGCUGUGUCGGACGACGACAACUCAGACAGCGACGCCGAAUCUGAGGGACCGGAUAAAAGUAUGGCAGCCAAACUGAGAGAGCUGGGCUCUGACAGCGGCAGUGACGACGACGAGGGGUCAAAGGCCACGGCCGAGAAAAAGGACGAGAAGACAUUGUUUGGUAGCGACAGCGAUUCUGAAGACAACGAGGAGGAGAAAAUGAUAGCAGACAUCUUUGGAGAGUCUGGAGAUGAGGAGGAGGAGUUCACAGGCUUCAACCAGGAGGACCUGGAAGAAGACAAGAAGGAGACCAAGGAGAAGCAGCAGAUGGAGGAGGAGUCUGAUUCUGAUGAGGGCGUCGACCGCAGCGGCCAAGAUACCAGCUUCAUGUCCGACUUUGACAUCAUGCUCGCUCGCAAGAAGGCCAUGAGCGGCAAGAAGAGGCGCCACCGUGACGGCGGGACGUUCAUCAGCGACGCCGAUGACGUGGUCAGCGCCAUGAUCACCAAGAUGAACGAGGCCGCCGAGGAGGACAGAACAUUGAACAGUCAGAAGAAACCGGCGCUGAAAAAGCUCACUCUUCUGCCUCAAGUGGUCAUGCACCUGAAAAAGCAGGACCUGAAGGAAACGUUCAUCGACAGCGGGGUCAUGUCGGCCAUUAAAGAAUGGAUCAGCCCGCUUCCUGACAAGUCACUGCCUGCGCUCCGAAUCCGGGAAGAGCUGCUCAGGAUCCUGCAGGAGCUGCCCAGCGUCAGCCAGGAGACACUGAAGCACAGCGGGAUCGGACGUGCCGUCAUGUUCCUGUACAAACAUCCCAAAGAAUCCCGAUCCAACAAAGACCUCGCCCUCAAGCUCAUCAACGAGUGGUCUCGGCCCAUCUUUGGCCUGACAUCCAACUACAAAGGAAUGACUAGGGAGGAGCGACAGCAGCGAGACCUCGACCAGCAGAUGCCUCAGCGCAGACGACUAAGUUCUGGAGGUCAGACGCCGCGUCGAGACUUGGAGAAGCAGCUGACCGGAGAGGAGAAAGCGCUGCGACCCGGUGACCCGGGCUUCUGUGCCAGGGCUCGAGUGCCAAUGCCCUCCAACAAAGACUAUGUUGUACGGCCCAAAUGGAACAUGGAGAUGGACUCCAGCCGGGGUCCCAUGAAGAGAGGGGGGAUGACCCGCAUGGACAAACAGAUGCGACGAUUCGCCGACAUCCGCCGCCUCACCAAGACAGGUCAUGCCGUCAAAAUCAGUGUGGAGGGCAACAAGAUGCCACUCUGAUUUUAAAGCCCCUUAGGAUUUAUUGUAUUUUUUUUUCUUCUUUUUUUCAAUGUUUGGUUCAACUCAGUCUGGCUGUCAGUCAUGUGACCUGAGAGUGAUUGUCGACUACACGUCAUCUCUUUAAUUAUCAAAAGAGAUCACCUCUCACUGUGUUGCACUUUUUAAUGUACCGUGUGGAGCAUCUCCCCUCGCAAGCUAUCAUCUUGAUGCUGGAUGAUAACGACGACCUCUUGGCAGUGAAAAUGGCUUCUGUGAGUGACACCGGCCUGUUAUGGUGACGUUUAAGCAUCAAUGAGGCACAUUGACAAUUUGACACAGAUGUCAUGGAUGGUUGGAGAGGUCACAACAGUUCAGAACCCUUUGGGCUAGCAUCCUUUCUAUUAUUUUUGUUCAACCUUUUUGUUGCUGCUCAGGUCUGUGGUCUGCUUGCAUCAGGUCUCACUGGUGAUGACUGUCACAACUCUUUCUGGGUCAGUUUGUAGAGCCUCAGUCGGCCCAUGCGGUCGCUGAUGCUUUUUUUUUUAAUAAAAACUCAAAGCCAA